AUCAACCCCCUGGUCCUAAAGUCAUGCCCUUAAAAAUUUGCAUGCAUAAGUUUAUAUUUGUAUUUGCCUCUGUUGUACGUGUAGAUGAUUAUUACAGCAGGAAAUUUAUCUGAGAGUCGAAAUGCAUUGGAUCUUGCAAGAACAGAUGAAUCUUUUCACAGCACUGUUGGGUGCCAUCCCACUCGCUGCAGUGAAUUUGAACAAGAUGGCCAAGAUCCAAAUGACUAUCUUUGUCAACUAAUUGCUAUUGCACAGGAAAAUAAAGGAAAAGUUGUAGCUGUUGGUGAAUGUGGUUUGGAUUAUGACCGGACCCAUUUUUGUCCAAAAGAGGUUCAGUUGAAGUAUUUUGAGAAACAGUUUCAAUUAGCUGAAGAAACCAAGCUACCAAUGUUUCUACAUUCAAGAAGUGCACAUCAGGAUUUCAUUGAUAUCAUCAGAAGAAACAGGGAUAGGUUUGUUGGUGGUGUGGCUCACUGCUUCACUGGCACGAAGGAAGAGGCGUCUGACUAUCUGGAUCAGGGUUUAUAUAUCGGCAUUACAGGGUGCUCGUUGAAAACUGAAGACAACAUUGAAGUCAUGAAAACAAUUCCUUCCGAGAAGUUACUGCUCGAAACAGAUGCACCUUGGUGUGACAUUCGUCCAACUCACGCCGGCUUUAAGCACGUAAAGACAAAGUUUGAAAGCAGAAAAAAAGAGAAGUGGGAAGCUGGACUUUGUGUGAAGGGACGCAAUGAGCCUGCAAACAUCAUUCAAGUGCUAGAAGUUGUCGCAGGAAGCCGAGGAGAAGAUGUGCAUUCACUCGCUGAAACCGUUUACGAAAAUACACUAAAAUUGUUUUUCAGAUAGCAGUAGCAGUAGGUGUUAUUUACACACAAAUUAUUAUGUUUACUUCGUGGAAUGUACGGCUAGAUAUGAUUCGCAUAUUGUGAAAAUAUUAAACACAAUGUGACUGCG